AAUAACCGAGCUCUGUCUUAUUAACAUAUUCUUUUUUUUUGUGGCACAAAAGGCACAUAUGAGUUUCUCUGCUCAUUCACGCAUUCAGAUUCUCAUUGACACUUACGUAACUAGAGUUUUGUGGAGGACUGCCACAAGCGAGGGGGAAACAACUCUGAGUGUGGGGACAAAAAUAACAGGUAUCAGAUUUCAAUAUGAACUGGUAGUAGAACCAAAGGGGGGAAAAUCUGAUAAUUCUGAUUAAAAUGUACAUUUUAAACAUGCUUCAAUGAACUAGUAAAAUCAGUAAAUAAUAUCCAGUAGCUUCUCGGAAGUUUUAAAUAAUUUACCUCUGACGGUUACACAAUAAAUAACAUUAUAUAACACAAUAAAAAUACAUCUGAGGAAAGAGAAAACAUUUUUAGAAACCAAAAUCCUGCCCAAACCUGAAAAACAAUCACAACAAAUGUUGUAACUAAUUAAACAUGCAGCAUUUCAAAUGUUUUUCCUUGGUGUAUAAUACAAGAUUUAAUAAGAAUCCUUUAAAAAUACCAGAUGACUCUGUAUGUUGUGUUCCAUCAAAAGAUUUUUUAUCCUUACAGAUAAAUAUUACAGAUAGAUAAAAUUGAACAUGUUUGUCAUAAUUAGUGUUUCACAGAAUUAGAGUUAUAAAGUAUCCUAAAAUCUUUCACUUUUCCCUCUUUGGAAAUAUCAACAAUGAACAGUGAUUAAUGUGAUGCACCACAGUAACCUCAGGAUCCACCUACAGGCCUUUACCUUUACCAUGUCUGUGUUAAUUCCAGUUUCACCAAAGCAUUUUGCGAUAUCGGGGGAGAAAAAAAGGAAAUUACUCAACCUUGACUGUGUACUUUCAGUUUACAGUUAGUUAUCAACGGAUUGCUGCACUGUGAGGGAAAUCCCUGCAUCAGUGUGGGUAUAAAACACUUAAGGAUGUCCGAGUUCAGACAGACACAGUCAAAGAAUCUGAAUCAGCCCUGACAUCCAAGAUGCCACUCGUCAAGCUCUGUGAGUAUAAUGUAACAUACUGACUAACUUACGUAAUGAUUGUAAUGUAAUCAUUGUGUGAGGUUAUUUGGUAGAAGAGACUGAAGUUAUGUGUUUUUGUUUUCUUUUUGUUGCCAGACUCUGCUCCUGCACUGCUGCUUGUGGUGCUCACCUGCUCUGUAUGGGAGCUCAGCCAGUCUCUGCCAGUGAAGGGCAAAGAACCGAUGACGGACUCUUGUGUUUUAUACGCGCAAACGCUUCUACGGAGCAUCACUGAAGUGCUACACAACAGUACUGAUGCCCAGAGAAACCUGUUCAGUGGAAUAGACUGCAUGACACAGAACAUGGAGCUGAACAUGGAGACCAACACACCAUCUGUGUGUUUUCCAAAGGGAUCGACAUGCUCUGGAAUCACUAAGCAUGAAUUUGAUGAGGAUUCAUGUAUGACAGACAUGAAGAAGGACUUGAACCACUACUACAAAUUCCUAGCAGCUCAUUCAGACCCAGACAGUUUGCUCGGUCAGACUGUUCUGCCCAGCCUCAGAGAACUCAUGGAGAAUUGCUUCCAGUUACCUCUGCCGGGAGAAGUAAAGGAGGCUGCUGCAGGCCGUGCAAGCACCUACGACCAGAGACUGAAUCUGUGCAAGGUGCUGAAGGGCUUCCAGGUCCGAACCGUUACCAUCAACCGAGUCAUUGGAUACAUGAACUCCGGUGAACACACUAAGUGAAUCAACACUGAGCUCCAGCACAAUGAUUUUCAAUAAUCUUCUGAAAGCUAUGCAGAACCACUUUACAUACAAAUGACAAAAACUACAGUAACACUUCAUGCUAUGUUCAAAUAAUCUAGUUUUGACAGAAAACACUUCAAUCUGCUUUCUAAUUAUUUAAGAGUGCAUAUUUAUUAUCUUCAUGUCACUGUCCAAAGUAAUGUUUAACAUCCAGUGGAUGUGUAAAAAUACAUUUUUUUAAAGAAUUGUAUUCAAAAAUGACAUUUAUUUAUUUGUUCUAUUCUGGACUAUUUAUUUUAAACUAUUUAUUUGUGAUAUGUGAUGUAAUUUACUUGGUUCUAAGAAUCAUUAAAUAAACAUUUUUCCUGCAUAAUACCUGCUGCUUGAUCAAUUAUUU